AUGGAUGCGGCGUACAGCUGGCAGAGUCAUCAGGUUGGAGUGCCUCCACAUCCUCUGUUGCUCCGCAGCUUUCGGGAAUACGAGACCAAGCCAGAUGGGAAACAGGAGCCGGUGUUGGUCCUCGGUGCGCGAGAGUCCCACGCAACGGAUCCACCAGUCCGUGAUGCAGACUUGGUGGGUGUUUGCCUGGUGGUGCGUGCCAUGUCACGAACCUCGUCGCUGCCUGGGCCCCUUGUGCGGCUGGACCUCACAGGAGAGCUGAUAAGCUGCAGCGGUGCAAGAACCAUCGCGGCUGUUCUGCAGGUGAGUUCGAGUCUUUGUUCGGUGCUGCUGCGACGGACUCACGUCGGAGAUGAUGGAGCGGCAGCACUAGGGGCAGCUCUGAGCUGCAGCAUGCUGCAAGAGCUUGACCUCGGCGAGAGCGCUGUCACCGAUGCCGGCGUGAGAUAUCUGGUGCGAGGCAUGCAGGUGCACGGGGCACCGCCAAGCUUCAAGAUCUUGCUGCUCGAUGGGAAUGCAAUUGGGGAUGCAGGUGCCAUCGAGGUCAUUACUUUAGUGGAGGAAGGUUCAUCGCUUUCAACUCUCAGUCUCCAUCCAGCCCUGCCGCGCUUCCUCUCAAAGGAAGUGGAAGCUGCUCUGCAGGUGGCCUGUGAACUCAGCCGAGUAAACUUGGAGUACAAGGGACAUCCCGUCACUUUGGAUGCGCUUGCCAGUCCCAGGGCCAGGGCCGCCAGGGCUGCCGGGGCCCUGGGACGCCCAGCAAAGGAAGAGCCUUGGCCGAACCUCCAUUUAAAAAAACAACACAUCCGCUCUUUUCUUUUCAUUCCCAGAACACAGCAGAACAAGAGAGUCACCACGCUUGGGAAGAUCCAUCGGAACUGCUGUCAGGGGCCCAGCGCCACGGCCAAUGAGUCGGGCAGCUCACGGCCAUUCAGGGACCCCAAGACGGCGGCUCCCCCGAAGCGAGCAGUGCCGGACGUGCGGAGUAGCGAGCACCUGGCUUCGUGGAUGGCGGCAACGGAGCGUGAGCUGCGGGAGCUAAAGUGGUUGCUGCGCUCCAGCUCCGCAAGGUUAGAUGGACAGCAUAAAAAGCUGGUGGCUGAACUGGAGAAGCUGCAAGCACAGCUGGACAACUGGGCGGUGGGCAGUCCUCGCUCAGAGCCAUCAGAGGAAGCUCGGCUUGAUGUCUUGGAGGCGCGGUUCGAUGCGAUUGAACAGCUUGUUGGGAGAGAGCAGUCGGAGUGUGCACAGAUGUGGCAGCUGGUGGAGGUGGCGGCUGGGGCCGGAAGUGCCAGGAAGUGA